GUUUAGCCCGUAUCCGCAUAGCCCGAUUUAAAAACGGAUCGGAUUCGAAUAAAUCUGAUCUGGUCCAUUUGUUUGCCCAAUCCGAUUACAUUGAAUUCUCAAAAACCAAAUCAGAUCUCUCAUCAUCUCUUCAUCAUUUCUCAUCAAAAAAAACCUAGAUCUCUCUCAUAAUCAAAUCUCUCUCUCUCUCUCUCUCUCUCUCUCUCUCAUCGUCUCUUCCUGCUCCGAUUGAUGCAGAUGAACUUAGCCAAAUUGAGCUCUAUGUUGUUUCUGAUCUAGGUAUUCUUCGGUGAGCUUUCUGGUCAGUAUCAAAUCUAUUUGUCAUCGUCUUCUUCUCCUACUUCUCUGAUCUAGGUAUUCUUCGUUGAGCUCUCUAAUCCGUUUGUGUUUGAUAUCUUAGCCUUUAAUACUUAUUCUUCGUCUUCUUCUCUGACUUCUCUGAUCUAGGUAUUCUUCUGCUUUUUACUGCCUUGUGUUUCUCCUUUAUAUAAGAGGUCUGGUUUGUUUGUUUGAAUGGAAAAUCAAUUCUGAAACAUUUUCUUGGAUGUUUUUGGGACUCUAUAUAUUUUUUAUUUGAUGGAUACUUUGGGUUGUUUGUUUGAAUGUAAUAUCAUAUAUACUUGUUAGAGUGAUUCAUGGUUUUCUAUGUCCAAUCCGGUUCCUUUCUCUUUUACUCUUCAAUUGGGUCUUCAUUGUUUUCUUCAAUAAUGUCUGUGCUCGUGCAUUUAUGUACAGUCUCUGUGUAGUUUGGGUCCUAUAAACUUUUUGACUAUUUUUUGUUCCCUCUUUACUGGAGCUUUGCUUUGUUUCUUUGUUCCUUGUUUUUAUGUUUCAGCUUCAAGAUUCUUCUGAAUUCAAUAGCUUUAUGUUUGUUUUUUUUUGUUUUUUAGCUUUUUCAUGUGGAAGUGAGCUGCAUUUAUUUUUUAUUCCUACAAUUGCUGUGAAAAGUCUUUUUUCAUUAUGAAUCUGAGAGUAAAUUUUUCUGUUGACUUUUGGAUAGUAAUUUCCAAAUUAAUUUAUUUCAGUUAUGCUAUGUUUGGUGUUGGAUUUAUAGAGGGGAAAUGGGGUGUGGGUUGUGAAUUAGCUUGAACUACAUUCCCCCCUCCCCCCUCAGUAGAUUGAUCACAUGCACACAAACCUAUAUAAUUUCCAAAUUGAAGUGUUUGGUGCACACUGUUUUGUGUUUGUCUGCAGUUGCUAUUGGAGAUGUCUUCGGAUUAUAGUGAACCUAUUAUUCCUGAUGAUGCCGAGUUGGAUGAUGAUGUAUCUCAAGGACCCACAAAGAGGAUUCGAAAACUAACUUCGAAGGUAUGGGAUGACUUUGUCAAAUUUAAAAGACCUAGUGGAAAUGACAUAGCUAGAUGUAAGCAUUGCAAUAGGGAAUUUGUUGGAGAGAGUAGGAAAGGGACUAGUCAUUUAAAAAAUCAUUUGUCGAAGACAUGUCCAGUACUUAAAGGGCCAAAUGCCCCUAGGAAUGCUAGUAAGGCUGCUUUUGAAUCUACUCCUAAGGCUGCAACUUUUAAAUUCGAUCAAGAGAGAAGCCGUAUGGAUUUUUCUAGGAUGAUAAUCAAGCAUAAUUAUCCUUUUAACAUGGCUGAGCAUGAGUUUUUUGAAAUAUUUUGCAAUAAUCUUCAACCAAUGUUCAAACUUGUGUCUUGUAACACUGUUAGAGUGGAUGUCCUUGAUGUUUAUGAAAUAGAAAAGGCCAAGUUAUAUCAAUUUUUGGAAGAACUCUCUUCUAAGAUCACCUUGACAACUGAUAUAUGGACUUCAGACCAUCAGAAUUUUGCCUAUACAUGUUUGACUGCCCAUUAUGUGACUAAUGAUUGGGAGUUAAAGAAGAAAAUCCUUGCUUAUAGACGCAUUGAUUACCCGCAUGAUGGAAACCAUUUGUUUAGCUUUAUCAAAGAUCUAAUUUUAGAGUGGAACAUAGAUAAGUUGUUUUCAAUGGUAGUUGAUAAUGCGACGAGUAAUGAUGUCAUGGUGAGACUCUUAAAGCGAUGGCUACAUGACCAAGGAUUACUACAUUUGGGUGGACAAUUGUUUCAUGUGCGUUGUAGCGCGCACAUAUUGAAUUUAGUUGUUCAAGAUGGUUUGAAGGUGAUUGGGAGUCUUAUUUCAAAAAUCCGAGAAAGUGUGAGAUAUUUGGGGAGGUCUCCUUAUGGAAAACAAAAAUUUGAUGUUGCAAUGAAUCAUGUUAAGUUGCAUCAUAAAAAGAAAGUCCCCAUGGAUGUUCCUACCCGAUGGAACUCCACUUAUUCAAUGCUUGAAGCUGCAUUAGAUUUGAAAACUGCAUUCCGCCGCUUAGGGCAAAUUGACAAACAAUAUAAGCACAAUCCUUCUGAGGAUGAGUGGAAUGUAGCAAAUGUGAUUUGUGGGUGCUUGAAGAUUUUUUUUGAUGCUACAUCUCACUUUAGUGGUACCACUUUUCCUACUUCAAAUGUGUUUUUUCCCGAUAUUUGUCUUAUUCAACUUGAAAUGAAAAAAUGGGAGCAAAGUGAGUAUGAUUGCAUUCAAUUGAUGGCUGGUCCAAUGAGACUGAAAUUUCAAAAAUAUUGGGAAGAAUGUUCUUUGGUGUUAGCAAUUGCAGUGGUUCUUGAUCCGAGAUUUAAAAUGGACUGGGUGGAAUAUUACUUUGGGCUUAUUUAUGGUGUUGAUGCUAAUAAGUAUAUUUAGAGGGUCCGUAAUGGUUUUGUUGAUCUUUUUUAUGAGUAUAGGAGUGAUUCUUCUGAUUCUAGGAGUAGCAUUGCACUUGUUUCUGAAAAUAGUAGUUCAAGUGGUAGUCAAUUGCUUGUCGGUUCUUCGAAACAAGAAAGUUUGGCUGCUUUUCAUGCGUGGUAUGCCCAAGAACGUGCUUCUAAUAUUCAUGCCAAUCAAAAAUCAAAGGUGGAGCAAUAUUUGGAGGAGUUGGUGUUUCCAAGUAAUGAGAGCUUCAAUAUUCUACAUUGGUGGAAAGUGAAUAAAGCAAAAUUUCUUACUUUGGCAAGGAUGGCUCGUGAUGUUUUAAGUGUUCCUGCUACUACGGUUGCAUCAGAGGCGGCGUUUAGUGUAGGAGGUAGGGUGAUUGAUGAGACACGUGCUUCAUUACUUCCAUAUAUUGUGGAGGCCUUGAUCACUUGCAAUGAUUGGAUUGAAUCAACCAAAAAUAGAAAUGUAGAAGAAUGCUGACAUGAGUAGAUGGAUUGAAUUGAAUCACUUGAAGUAGAUGGGUUUGAUAAUGAGCUUAACAAAGUGGUUGCUAUUAAAGUUAUUGACUUGGAAGAAUCCUUUUGGGACGCAUUGACGAAUUUGAACCACAAAGAUCGACAAGGGCUGCUGCCUCCUAACAGCAAAUUCUUGGAUACGAGCUUCAUGGUUUUCCUCGUAUUCCAGAAUCUAUGAAUCUGAGUGAUCUGGUUGGAAGAUUGUUCCUGCUUCAAACUGGAUAUACUGUUUUUUGGUAGAUGUAGCAACUUUGAAAAGAGUUUUAAUGUUUUUUCAAUUCCGGAAAGUUUAACUGGUUGCAUAAGCUUUCUGUAAGAGUAGACGUUAUAGUGCGGUAACAACGAUGUUAUAUAUCACAGCAGUUGCAGGUCUUUUGUACCUAACAAUUCACUUUGAGAAUGUUUAACUUUCUUGUCUUCAGAGAUGUUAUGCAUUGUAUAUCAAAUCAUUUUGGGUUUUACUUUGGGCUUUUGUGUGACUUUGUGUUAGGUGAUGGGAUGCAAAAAUGAGGUAGGUUUGAUGCUUUAAUUAAUUAGAAUUUUUUUAAGUGUUCUUAGGAGGCAAUCUAAUUUCUUGAAUGAAUGUUUUGUACGACAUGAGUAAUCUAAUUUCUAGAAUGAAUGUUUUGUACGACAUGAGUAGAUGCUUUAAAUAAUUAGUUGUUGUUUAGUUUAGUUCUAUAAAUAUCUUAAUGUCACAUUAUUUUGAAAUUGCAGAUGUAAAAGAAAGCUGACAUGAGUAGAUGGAUUGAAUUGAAUCACUUUGUUUGUCAUUUUCAUUGUCUCUUGGGAUAUGCCAUGAGAAUUACAUUACAUUACAUACUCUUUAAGAUAUAUGUCAAUUCCAAUUAUAUACAUUUAUUAGUGUUCCAGGGUUGUUUUCUUGACUGCUUUUCUUUCAUGGCUUGUGUUGUUUUCUCUAUGCAAGUUGAAUCAUUGGAAUCGACAAUUGAAGCUUUAAUGGCUAAGAACUCACUGCAACUAUCUUUUUUUGACUCUGUGACAACACAGCAUUGGUUUUGACAGUUUCUGAU